GGCUUGUGGAGGGAGGACUGAUAAACGGAGCUGGUGGUGCUGUGGUGCCGGAUUUUUGAUACCCGAAGGAAGGAAGUUAGAAGGGAAGCGAGGAAGGAAGAUAGAAAGGAGGGAUGUUACGGUGAUUUCCCCUCUUUUUCUCUCCUGACAAACACCUCCUCACUACUUUUCAUCAUCACAGCCUCGGAGCCUUGUAAAGACGCUCCACUGCUGUUUUUUUUUUAUCCAUCACCGGCGGAUAAAAAACAGGAGAGGGAACAUUUCAGGGUUUGAGGAGAAACGACUUGGCUCUGCUUUCCUUUUUAUAACCCUCCUCUUCUCCAAGCACCCACAAACAGUAACGCAGGAGGGGGGGUUUACUCCGUGGAUGUGUUGGACAUCUGAGAAAAGAAGCAACAAUACUUGGGAGAAGUGAGCGUUUCUGCUGGCUUGUAUGUAUUGGAGGAAAUUUCCUUGGAGAGACGGGCUGCUGCGCGCGGAGUCUCUCACUUCCAAGGCAGAUCUGUGUCAUCUUGCAGAGGAUUUAACUAUCUACACAUCCAACACCAGUAAUGAGCUAAAGGCUCUGUGACAAGAGGAGAGAGGGAGUGAAAGACCUGAGAGAGAGAAGAAGAAGAAGAGAAAGAAAAACAAGGAGAAAGAAGGCAGUAACGUGGUGAUGAGAAUCUGCACCAACAAGCCCUGAUUUCAGCUAAUGAACUAGGAAGUUCAUCAGCAGCAGUUCAUUAGCCAAACCAGGAUACCACCUCAGUGGGAGCAGGGCUCCACUGAGAGGAAACCAGAAAGUAGGGGGCAGUAGUGACGUGCACGGUUGCUAAAUUUGGGGCAAGAUGACAAUGAAGAGACAGGGCCUUGGACUGCUGAGGGCCUUCCUGGUGUUGGUGGGAGUGUCGGCACUCUGUAGCGUCGCAUUGGGAACCAGGAGAGGGAAUGCUUCUUUGGAUCAAAGGGGCCACAGACACAGACAUCCAGGUCACUUGUCACUGCACAGACAUAGACAGAGGGCAGGGAAGGAGGGACAGGUACUCCACAGGUCCAAGCGAGGAUGGGUCUGGAAUCAGUUCUUCGUCAUUGAGGAGUACACUGGACCUGACCCGGUCCUGGUGGGCAGGCUCCACUCAGACGUAGACUUAGGUAAAGGCAACAUCAAGUAUAUCCUGUCCGGAGAAGGUGCGGGAACCAUCUUUGUUAUUGAUGACAAGACAGGUAACAUCCACGCUACAAAAACUCUGGAUCGGGAGGAGCAGGCCCAGUACACUUUAACAGCCCAGGCCGUGGACAGAGACACUAAUAAACCUCUGGAGCCUCCAUCGGAGUUCAUCGUGAAAGUUCAGGACAUCAACGACAAUCCUCCUGAGUUUCUACAUGGGCCGUACUAUGCCAGGGUGCCUGAGAUGUCCAAUGUUGGUACGUCAGUGAUGCAGGUGACAGCAACAGAUGCUGAUGACCCCACCUAUGGCAACAGUGCCAGGCUGGUGUACAGCAUCCUGCAAGGACAACCAUACUUCUCUGUGGAGUCGCAGACAGGUAUAAUUCGUACCGCCCUGCCAAAUAUGGACCGCGAGGCUCGCCAGGAGUACGAUGUCGUCAUCCAGGCCAAAGACAUGGGUGGUCACAUGGGUGGACUGUCGGGGACCACCGAGGUUAAAAUCACUCUGACAGAUGUCAACGACAACCCUCCAAAGUUCCCACAGAGUGUGUACCCCAUGUCUGUAUCAGAGCAUAAAGUGCCAGGAGAGGAGGUGGGCCGCCUGAAGGCCAAAGACCCGGACCUGGGGGACAACGGACUGGUGAACUACCGCUUAGUGGAUGGAGACGGGAUAAACAUGUUUGAGCUGAGCACCGACUCCGAGACCAGAGAGGCUGUCAUUAAAGUGAAGAAGCCUGUGGACUUUGAGACGAAAAGGUCGUACACUUUGAAGGUGGAGGGAUCCAACCCUCAUAUUGACCCUCAAUACCUUGCUUGGGGACCUUAUAAAGAUGAAGCCACAAUAAAGAUAUCAGUGGAAGAUGCAGAUGAGCCUCCUGUGUUUGUAGCUCCCAGUUACACUUUUGAGGUAGAGGAGAAUGCGCCUGAAGGCACCCUGGUGGGACGAGUCCACGCCAAGGACACUGAUGUUGCCAACAAUCCUGUGAGGUACAUGAUCCCUCGGUACACAGAUAUAGAGCAGUUCUUCAGCAUAAACUCAGAGGAUGGCAUGAUCAUCACGACAAGACCACUGGACAGAGAAGCACUCGACUGGCAUAAUAUAUCUGUGUCAGCCACAGAGAUAGGAGGCCACCACCAAGACACCAAAGUGCGUGUUAACAUCAGAGUGAAAGAUGUGAAUGACAACCCGCCAGAGUUUGCUACGAACAACGAGGUCCUCAUGUGUGAAUCUGUUGCUCCAGGGAAGGUCAUUGAAACAGUAAGUGCAGUGGACAAAGAUGAAAUGGCUCACAGGCAACAUUUUACUUUCAACCUCGCCCCAGAAGUUGCCCACAACCACAACUUCUCCCUCAAAGACAGCAGAGACAGCACAGCCAGCAUCUAUGUGCUGCGUAAAGGAUUCAGCCGCCUGAACCAGGAUGUUUACUACCUUCCCAUCGAGAUAAACGACAACGGGUUUCCUGCCAUGAGCAGCACAAACACCCUAACCAUCAGAGUGUGCUCCUGCGACAGCAAAAACACCAUCCUGUCCUGUAAUGUGGAGCCCUACGUCCUACCUGCGGGCCUAAGCACCGGGGCGCUGAUAGCUAUACUGGCCUGUAUUGUCAUUCUUCUGGCAAUAGUGGUGUUGUUUGUUGCACUGAGGCGACAGAAGAAGGAGCCAUUGAUAGUGUUCGAGGAGGAGGACAUCAGGGAGAAUAUUAUCACCUAUGAUGACGAGGGCGGUGGUGAGGAAGACACCGAGGCUUUUGACAUUGCUACACUGCAGAACCCAGACGGUGCCAACGGCUUUCUCCCAAGAAAGGACAUCAAACCAGAGCUCCAAUAUCCCCUCAGGCCAGGCAGUGGCCAUACUGCAGCCAACAGCGUCGACGUCGAUGACUUUAUUAAGAGUCGUAUUGCAGAGGCCGACAGUGACCCUACUGCCCCUCCUUACGACUCCAUUCAGAUCUACGGAUACGAAGGCAGAGGAUCGUUGGCCGGGUCGUUGAGUUCCCUCGAGUCGGUCACAACGGAGUCUGACUUGGAUUAUGACUAUCUGCAGAGUUGGGGGCCGAGGUUUAAGAGGCUGGCGGAUUUGUAUGGGACCAAAGACUGCUCCAUAAAUGAUGGGGACGAUGGUGAAGACUCUUAACAGUGGUCUUACAAAGUGGACGCCCCGCCGACUUCGGAUUUAUUGAGUCCAUGAGGAUUUGUUAACUGAGGGUUGACGCUCCUCAGUACCCAAUUGUUACCAACAAGCACCUGAUCAGUUCAUGCCACUUUGUCAACAGACUUUAACAGCCCUCCCUUCCUGUGGCGCCUCCUUCAUCCUCCAAGAUGAUUUGUUAAUAAACGCUUGGACUUAAACUGAAUCCCAGCUUUUCCCAAAACCCUCCUUUCUCUCAUUUGUCCCUUCUCUCCCCCUCUAUCUACAGACUUGACCAUUGCAGGGCUGGGAGAUUAGAUACGUCACCGGUUUGAGGGCAACUUGAUGUGGAAAAAAUAGGUGUUGCUGUAUGAUCAAAAUGACUUGCUUAUAGCUAAUCGUUUAGUUUCUUAGAGGUUCUAUAUACUUUGUGGACUGGAUUCACAUGCUUCCUCAAUGGUCCCUCUGAGUGUUUAUUCUCUUAGAAGGUUCCUGAGUGGAGUGUAUUUUCUGAAGUUGCUCAGUUUGUGGUGCUUUUUAAGAUCCACAGGGAGAGAGGAAGAAAGAGAUAGAAAUUAAAAGGAAAAAGUAAGUACUGGAUCCAGCAACUGUCUGAUGUUAGGAAGAGAAAUAAAAGAUCAUGAAGAUGUUUCAGUACGGUCAAACACAAGUGUUUUUUUUUUUUUUUUUCAGAUUUGUUGUGUGUGCAGAAUUCAGUAGGUUCUGUGGGUUGGAUAGCGUGACGGACUCUGGGUUGUUGAUACUUUGAAGACGCUUGCAGCAUCUUCACAGUAUGGUGGCCUUAUAAUAAAUAAACAACAACUCCAGGGGUAAACACAACAAGUGUAACGAUAGAGACCGUUAGCUUCAGUAGCUACACACAAACAAAUGAACACACAAGGACUGAGUGUGUGUGUGUGAAAAUGCUACACAAAUUCCUUUUUUUUAAACUCCCAAGAAGAGACAGACUUAACAUGGAUCCAAUUGAAAAAAAAAACAACUGUGGAUGAUUAUUUGUUUUCAUUCUUCACUUCAGAGAAGAAAAGGAAAAAUUCCCCUUCUUCGACGCCCCUCCUGUGUCCCACUUUUCCUCCCAUUGAUGAUCACUUCCCAUACCGAGUCCACCAAUGAAUGAUCACUUCCUUCUUCAGAGUCCACAAAUGUUGAUCAAUCACCAUGAGUAAAAAAAAACCUGUGAGCUCUAAAAAUCGCCUUAAACUUAAUGGACACUCUUGCAACGCAGUGCAUUCUCUCUUUUGUUUUUGUUCCUUUUUUGUUUCUUUUUGUAACUUGAGACGUAUAUUCAGAACGCAAACUAUUCUCCAUGCUAGGUAUGUACAGAGUAAUGUGCAGACAUGUGAUAUAUCACUCUGAGGAUCCAACUUGCACCUUGUGCACCCUUAAAAAUAGGACGUGCUGUUUCUGCAAGUGCGGUACAUGUAGACUGUGAAAAUGCACUUGGUGUUAUUUCCCUUACACCAGCUAUGUUAGCAGUAACAUCUGUUGUAUCAACACAUGUUGCUAUUUCAACAUUAAAUGUGCACAGGAAAUAACAUCAGUGUGUUUUCUCAGUAACAUAUACAACCAGAACACCCUUUUUGAGUGUGUCGAUUCUUGUUUAAUCUCUUUUUUUAAUGUUAUUAUUAUAUUAUUAUGAUUAUUAUUAUUGUUGUUUUUUUUAUUAUUAUUAUUAUUAUUAUUAUCAUUUUGAUUUUUUUUUCUUUGGCUGCAGCUACACAGGGGCAAAUUCAUAUUUAACUCUUUGCAGUUCAGAUUUGAUUUUAUGGUUGUCUAAGCAUGGAGAGACUCAAUGCUCUUUUCAUUUUUGGACAGCUAUUAGAAAUGCGCUACCAAAAGUUAAAUAUUCGCUUAUUUUUUUAUUUUUUUGCCUGUGCAAAUACAACCUCUCACAUUUCUUUUGUUUUAGUUUCUUGCGUUUUAUUUGGCGUUUCUUCAUUCCUUCUCCCUGUUCAAGAGGAAAAAUAGCAAUCUGUGUUGUUGCAGUGAGAGAACGCCUCGUUUUUAUUCUCUGUCAAGUUUUAUGGUACCGAUUUGUACAAUUUUAAAAGUUCUUAUUUUAGUAUACAUGCAGAAUAUUCCAGUAUUACAACAAAAACAUGCUAAGAAGAUAAGAUUAAAAAAAUAUUACAGCAUCACACUUAUAUUUUCUGAACAUUGUACUGUUGCUUUACUAUGUGCUUCAAUCUCAGAAGCAAAAAAAAAAAAAACUUUGAAAUAAAUGCUCUUUUUAUAAAAUGA